UGAGAAAACAUUAAAAUUAAAAAACUAGAGUAAAAACUCCCUUUUAACGGUGUUGAGCAUUUUGAUGGUCACACACUCAAAUCGCGCAACAAUGGCAAUGGCAUGACAAUUUCCAAUCAUAUUCAUAGGUAUUGAUCAGUGAUUCCACUUCACGCAGCGAGCGACAAUGGCCAACAACAACAGAAAUAUUGCAGCUGGUGGAGUAUUUCAUUAUUCAUCUACCCAAGAAUCAACAAAUAUAGAUGGAUUUCAUUUAGAUCAUAAUACAGGCUCACCAAAUAUAGAUGAAGAUAGUUCAGUUGACAGUAAAGAAUAUUUGGAAAUUGCAAUGGCAAAUGCACUAUUAGCAUGGGCUAAAGAAUCUAAGGCAAAAACAGAUGCAAUUUUAAUGGAGAGGUUUAAGUCGAGGAGUAUAAAUGCUGAUUAUUCUCUGACUAAGUGCGUGAAUGUUCUUAACGAGAUUGAAGAUAUUACAGACCACGUUUAUAUGAAAGCUCUGGAAAAGUUUAAGGAUCCUGAUUGGAGGGAAAUGUUUCUUUCUAUGUCUAGUGAUAGGAGAAAGGGAUGGCUAGUUAGACUUUAGGAAAAUUGAUGUAAUGAGCUUAUCUUUACUCAUUAGUGUUCUGUUUGAUCAACAUGUGUAUAUGUGUGUUUUUGAGCUUUAUGGUUAUUUUGUGAAACUUUUUAUCAUGUAAUUUUGCUUGAAUUGAUUGGUUAUUAAUUCACCAAACUUGAAAGAAAUAGAUACUUUGAAUUGCACAUCAUUGACAUCCUAA